AUGAGAGAUGAGAGGUUACAGCUCAGCUCUCAGAUUAGCCCUGUGCCAAACUUUGCCGACAAAGGACUGAUUACUAUGGAACAAGCCGAGCUAUUUUUCAACGCCUUUUUCCAGGGAUGCGAUCGAUAUGUUCCCAUUUUCGACCCUUCACACGACACGUUUCAUUCUGUCAAAGCCAGGAGUGCCCUUCUGUUUGACGCAAUCGUCACCAUUGGCUGCGGUGUUCUCACCGAUGCCGAUUCUCAGAUUUGCCAUCUCUUGCAUUUCCAAUUGAAGAAGAUGCUCAAUCUUGUUGUUGUUACGCCCGAGUAUGCUUCUUUGGAAACAGUCCAGGCGUUGUUGGUAAUUGCCUGCUAUUCAUCUGAACGGUCGCUGUUGCUAGCUUUUGCUACAAGAAUGGCUCUCGACCUUGGUCUUCCAGAAGCGUAUGAGGAGCUGACCAAGAGGCUCGUCACUCGAGGACAGUCAAAUCAACAGGCCGAUGCCACGGGAGAUGCAGUUCUAAUGCGGCGCACCCGGGCCUGGUUUCAGCUUAUCGUCUUGGAACAAAUACUGCGAGUCGAUGCAGGAACUCUGCGGAGCUUCCGAGUCAAGGGAGACGCUCGCCGCUGUCGGAUUCUACUUGACAAGUCAUUUUCCACGGUGCUUGAUCUUCGAUUGCUGUCACAAGUGGAACUCAACGCUCUUCGAGCUCGAAUGCACGAUUCGAUCUCGUCUGCUCGGGAUUUCGAGGACGAAAACGUUCUGAACACGGUUCGGGAUGCUCAGAUCGACUUAGAGGUUUGGUAUAGCGAUUGGCACAAUAUAAUGUGCCGGUCGCCGAAUGCAGAGACUCCCGUACUACUCCUGAAUUUGAAGGUGCAGAAAUACUGGUCACAAGCAGUGGUCCUAUGCCGAGCAGUGCGUGCGUUGGGGAAUGAGAACAUUGCCGCCAUGUCUAUGCCCCAGCGGGAAAUCUUGCUCAUGGCCAAAGAUGCACUCGGCAAGCAUCUUCGGGUCAUCCUGGAUGAGCCACAACAUUACCUUGCCCACUUCCGCUUCGCCAUGGAUUUCGUGUGGGCCAAAUGCGCGUUUUGCUUUCUACUUCUCUUGAAACUCGUGCGCUUCUUCGCCGAAGAUGACGACUCUGCAAAGGCUCAGCUGCUGGAAGAUGGCUACCGGCUUCUCCGGGAAUUGAACAAAGCUGGUGGGGGAUCUCCGGGAGGAGGUGGGCGAAGUCAUGCCAGUAAGAUGUACCUCCAGGUGCUCCAGCAGAGUAUCCAGAAGUACGGACGUGCGCUCCGCAGCGAUCAAGGUCAGCAAAUACCCGGAGACGAGCCAGCCAACAUUGUCCAGAGUCCGGAGUCUCCGAUGAACUUUUUCUGGACACCUGCGAACAACGCCGGUCAGAAUGAACUCGAAUCUUGGGUGCCUGAGCAGUUCGUGUUCGAAUGGGAUUUCCCAGGCCUCACGCUUUUCUCCGCCCCUUCUGUCGGAGACGACUUCUUCGAAGAAUUCUUCAACGAUCAUUAUUAUGGCGGGGAGUCUCCCUUUCUGGGCAUGCCAGGCUAG